GGCGCCGGGUCGGGUCGGGUCAGUCAGCUGGCUGGCCAAGGUCAGGGCCGGCCGGGCUGGCAUACACCGCCGUGACACCGCCCGUUUAGUGACCGGGCAUUGACGAGCGCCGGUGGGGCGAGGGGUGUCUGUGCGCUGCGUGCGGGUGCCAUGGCGGACCCGGCGGCAUGAUCUUCAUACCCGAGACGAGCUCGAUGGCCAGUGCAGCGGCGCCUGAGCCAGCGGUCAACUGCUCCAGUCAUGCAUCCGAUGGCGGCCCGGCUGACGUCGCCUUCACGGUCGGCGUCAUCACAGUGGCGGCGGCUUUCUGCGUCAUCAGCGUGGUGUCGCUCUGCCACUGUGUACGGCACGUGCUGGCCGGUAGCGCGACCAAGGACCCGGCCGCUCCGGAGACCCUGUUCUACACAGAGGAUGAGGUGGAGAUGGCGGAACUGAGGCACUUCCCGCUGCCCCACGCGGGCCAGGUGCCGCGAGUUCGCACGCCCCCUAGCCCGAGUCCGAGCCCGAUGAAGUUCCUGCUGUCGCCGCCAGAGGCGCGGCUGUCGCAGACUCGGCUCAUGUCCAGCCGGGCGGCCCACCAGGCGGCGGCGGCGGCUCGCCGAGACCCGGCGCGGCUCACCUGCUCUCUCCCCAGCCUCCACACUCUGUCCGGCAGCCGGGCGGCGCACGGCGCGGUGGAACACUACGUCGAGAUGGCGCUGGUGUCUGCCAUGACGGCCUCCUCCAACCACGAUCUACCCGGCCUGGCACCGGAGGAACCAGACGCCAGUGAGCCCCUGCUGCCCCAGCCGGCGCCGCCUAGCAUCCCACCACGUGACUCAUCCUCUCGUGGCAGGCGCCGGCUGCAGCGGAGACGCUACCCACGCACACCUCUGCCCCGCGCCGCGCUGGCACCGGCGGCCUCUGCUCCACCCGGGCCAUCGCAUGGCUCCGUCGACACCGACUACCAGUCUGCCUACGCUCCGAGUCACAUUACCGACAGCGACGAACAGACAACGAAGGGCGCGGUGGCACCGGCGGCGCCAAGAUCGGCGGCGAGCAAGGUGUCUACUACGAGGAAGGGCGGCAGACCGGGCGCACGGGGAGCGGGAGGACCAACAGAGCCGAAGAGGGAGGGCUCUGAGCUGAUCUUGGUGAGCCGGAGAGCUCUGGAGAGGCUGCUCCGUCGACCUCUGACGGCCGCCGAACUGCACACGGGCGGGCCGGGUCGUAGCGUACAGGACCAGGGCACGGGACGGAAACGGCACAGGACCGACGACAAAGGCAAGAACUGGGAGCUCAAUGGGAUACAGGAACAGAAUCGAAAUGGGAACCAUGAGCAAGAUAGGAACCAGGAGCGGUGUAAAAACGGAAAUCAGGAGCAGGAUGACACAAUGCACAUCUCUGGACUUCAGCCUCUGGAAGACAGCGCAGUUGCCAAUGAGGACAGCAUCCCGAUUCGGUACGAAACUGCCGGAGUUUUGGCAGACACGGAAGACAAUCUUGCUGACUCGGUCGGGACUCUUGGAGAAGCUGGAAACACGGGUGACACCAUCACAAUAGCUCUGGAGGGUACUGAGACACUCGCCGACACCACGGAAACACUCAGAGGUACCAGCGAGACACUCGAGAGUGUCUUCGAGGGCACACCGGAGACUCUGGGAGACACGACGGCAGCUGCGGAAGGGUCGGAGACGGGAUGGAUACCGGAGCCGCCCUCACCAGAGUGGGACCCGAGUACGGAACCUCGUCACCGACCGGCGACGCUGCUGCUGGCGGUGGCGACUCGUAGUCACAGCGUCGUGUAGACCUCACAUCACCAGGAAGAGCGGUCAGUAGCUGUUAGGACCACAGGCACGGUCAGACAUUGAGCUGUACGGCCCAGUUGAGCGUUGCCAUUUACUAAGGUACGUUGUCAGGGGUGCGUGGUGAGUUAUGUGGCCCGAAGAUGACCGAUGGAGACCUGUCAGUAUUCCCAGUUCCCGAUGGUAGUGCUCUUAGUAAUUGAAUACAGUUGGACAACCAGACAUCCUUCAAAAGGAAUACUGCUGUGGAUUUGAAGCCGGUCAUUGUUAUAUUACACGCUGUAUGUUGCACAACUGUUUGUAAAUAUAUUUAUAUUCAGCAAUCA